UGAAAAUAAAAAAUAAAAAUAUCCACGAGUCUUCAAUUCCCUGCUUCUACUACAUUUCCCCUUACCUUCAAUGAAAGUCUUUGCAGACUUAUAUUUUUCUGCAGAGUAAGUGGUUUCUACUGCACAACUUUGAUUAUUCAAACUACCCUCCUUCUAUAAAUAUGUGACUGCUAACAGGUCAACAUUCGUGCACAUUAUUUUCCCUUCAACCCAAAAAUCCUUAGAGAGCAAACAGAAAGGAAUUGAAACAAUUCUUUUUUUUUUCAAGGUUUUAUCUGAACUCUAAUUGUCCAGUGAAUGGGACUCUCUCUUUCUAUACUCUUGUCAGCGUGGAAUGAAAUUCUAAGACAUAAUUAUCUUACUUUUCCUGACACCAUGGGAAGAACUAUCGUGAGAUCGGUUAGCAUUGAUAGGAAAAAUGGAGAAUUGUGUUUGAGGACACUCAGUUUCAAAGAAAAAGAUGCUAAGAGUGUUAGAAAAUCUGAUUGUUCAGAAGAAAGUCUAAAACAUGAGAAACAAAAGCUUAAAACUUCUGUUCCGAUAACUAGUUUGGUUGUUGAUCAAGUACCAAGAAUCUCAAUUCCAGAGCCUUUUGUGUUCUUUUCUCCAAGACCUGUUACUGAACUUGAUGCUGCUGCCACUAAGCUCCAGACGGUGUACAAGAGUUACAGGACAAGAAGGAACCUUGCAGAUUGUGCUGUAGUUGUUGAAGAGCUCUGGUGGAAGGCCUUGGAUUCUGUAGCUUUAAAGCAGAGCUCUAUAUCAUUUUUUGAUGUCAAUAAGCAUGAAGCUGCCGUGUCAAGGUGGUCACGUGCAAGAACAAGGGCUGCUAAGGUAGGCAAAGGUUUGUUGAGGGAUGAAAAGGCUCAAAAACUAGCUCUGCAACAUUGGUUGGAAGCGAUUGACCCACGUCAUCGUUAUGGACACAACUUACACUUCUACUAUGAUGUAUGGUCCAACAGCAAAAGUACCCAACCUUUCUUCUAUUGGUUGGAUGUGGGUGAUGGUAAAGAACUAAAUCUUGAGAGUUGCAAGAGAGCUGAUUUGCAACGUCAAUGCAUCAAGUAUUUAGGACCGAAGGAAAGGGAAGCCUAUGAAGUAGUUGUGGAGGAUGGCAAGUUGGUAUAUAAGCAAAGCGGGAUGUUGCUGAAUACAACAGAAGGAUCGAAGUGGAUUUUCGUUCUUAGUACUUCAAGAGUUCUUUAUGUUGGAAAGAAAAAGAAGGGCGUUUUCCAGCACUCUAGUUUUCUAUCUGGUGGUGCUACUACAGCAGCUGGUAGAUUGGUUGUUCAGGAUGGGAUUCUUGAGGCAAUUUGGCCGUACAGUGGUCACUAUCUUCCUACAGAAGAUAAUUUCAAGGAAUUCAUCAAUUUCCUUGAGGAACACCACGUAGAUUUGGCUAACGUUAAGAAAUGUGCAAUAGACAAUGAUAAAGCUAAGGACGAUGGUCCGGUGAGUGAUGUAACUGGUCAUGAAGAAAAUUUUACGGGUACCAGCAAAGACCAGAGAGAAGUAGGAGUUUAUGACUUGAGCAAACGUUUAUCAUGCAAGUGGACAAGUGGAGUUGGUCCCCGUAUUGGGUGUGUAAGAGACUAUCCAAUGGAUCUUCAAUCUCAGGCCCUUGAAACAGUCAAUCUGUCUCCAAGGGUUAACUUAUCUCAGCCCAACAAGUGUUAUCCAAUCCCUUCACCAAGACCGACUCCGAAAAUCCGUGUAUCGCCUAGGCUUGCAUACAUGGGAAUUCCAAGCCCAAGAGUUUCUGUUACUGCCUAGGUGAAUCAUUUAUUCACCAUGCCAAAUUAAUAGGCAGCUUUUGGAUCAGUAUUCAAAGUUUAGUCACCCUUCCAUAUGUAACCACUUUUUUAAUGGAAAUAAAAUCUCGACAAAAAUACCUCAUCCAAGUUACGGGAAAAUUACAACAUAGUAUGCUUGAGUUUGAAAAAGAGAAACAGACAACUCAAAAGUUAGAAAAUUUUACAAGUGAAUUUAGGUACACACUCUUGGUUGUGGAACCUCCAAGACACACUCUCUUACGUAUAAGAAUAGGUCAUUUCUUAAAUAUACAUUUAUCUAUAAGGUAAAUCACCUAAAUGUACAAUAUUCAAAAAAUAUUUACCACAUAGAGCAACAUAAUUAUUUUAACCAUAUAUAACAAAUUGUUUGAAUUAAAUUAAGUACGGUCUUUAUCCUUCUAAAACUCUCACUCGCUAUUUUCUCUUUCCCCGUUUCUCUCCAAAUUUGUUACACCAAUAUUCUCUGUAAUCUUCUCACCCAUAAUUUUCUUCAAAAUUAGGGCAAUACUUAGCUUCAUAGCUUCUCAACCACGACUUUCUACAACAUUUGUACUCCAAUUUUGGAAUUAAGUGACGUGUAUUCGGUGGUUAUUGCAGAAGAAUGAUAAAAUUUAAGUGAAUGCAGAUUUGAAUUAGUUGAAGAAUUGUGAUUUCUGAGUAGAGAUCUGUGACUACUUAAAGGUUUGAAUGGUUGAAUGUUUAAUUGUUUGAAGGUUUGAAUUAGAUUGCAUACCUAAUUCAUUAGCGAUACACGAUUUGUAUUCAGUUGUGAUUCAAUAUAAAAGUUUAUUUUUGUUUCUACGUUUAUCACAAUUACUUGUUUAAUAUGUGUGUAAUACAAUUUUUGUUCAAGUUUAAUUCAUUUUUUUUCCUACAGAUCACUGAAGGUUGGUUUCAUUAGAUACAAAUUUCAUUCAUGUCUAAUUCUCUUCUAAUUCAAGUUUAAUGUGUAUGUAAUACUUUGUUGUUCAAGUUUAAUUCAUUUUUGUGGCCUACAGAUCACUGAAAGUUGGUUUUGUUAGCUACAUGUUUCAUUCGUGUCUAAUUCUAUUCUAAUUAAAUUUUAAUGUGUGUGUAAUACCUUUGUUGUUCAAGUUUAAUUCAUUUAUGUAGCCUACAGAUCACUGAAGGCUAGUUUCAUUAGUACAUGUUUUAUUCAUAUCUAAUUCUCUUCUAAUUCAAGUUUAAUGUGUGUGUAAUACAUUUAUUGUUCAAGUUUAAUUAUUUUUAUGGCCUACAGAUCACUGAAGGCUGGUUUUAUUAGCUACAUAUUUCGUUCGUGUCUAAUUCUCUUCUAAUUCAACAAAAAAUAUGCAGGAGAAAAAUAUGGCUAAUCUGGCUGUGCUGCUUUACUUCAAUGGCCGAUGGGAUUUUAGCAACAAGUUUAUUAAUUACUUGGCAGAUGGUGUG